GAUGGUUGAUCAAUUAAAAGACCUACUAUACUUAAUAAAAUAAGUCGACUUUGAAGCAUCCAACUUUGAAGAACUAUAUUAGACUGAUGCUGAAUAUUUCAGUGAGACUGUAUAUAGAGACAUUAAGGUAUCUUUAUUUAGUCAUUUAAUAGCAUCUAGAAUAACAACACUAUGAUUUAAUUUAUUCAUCUAGUUUAAGAUUUUUAUCAAAUGUUUUACAAUGUCUUUAAUUUAAUUUCGAAAUUGAUAUUUAUGAAUUCGAUAUUCGGGAUUGGGCAUAGUAAGGAUUGGAUCAUAUUCUGAAAUUCAGUGGAUUAAGAAGAUCAUUUCGUUAACCUAUUAGUUGCUGUUAAAGAUAUUGCAAAUGCAUAUCAAAUUUGUUUAAAAAAAAUAGACAAAGAAGAUGA